CACCGUCACUUCCAUUCAAUUUCCUGCUAACCAAUCACCAUCUUAUUUUCUUGGAAAAACAAGUCAAUUCCUUUUAAACCAAUCGUCACAAGUCACAACCACUACGAUUUCCAUUUCUCAGUUCUUAUAACAAUCUCAAUUCUGUGAUCUAAUCCCAUCGACCAAAAGCUAACUAAUCCCACAAAACCAUGAUCCCCAAAACCCCCGAAAUGUCCUCCACCAAAGCAAUAAUCUCCGCCGCAGCAUCCGCUGCCGCCACUGCCAUGCUUCUUCGCUCAAUCGCCAAGGACUUUAUCCCAAAGGAGCUCCGACAAUAUAUCUACUUCAAAUUCAUAACCCUUCUCAACUCUUUCUCGUCGGAGCUAACCUUAGUGAUAGAAGAAUAUGAUAACCUUAACCACAAUCAUCUCUUCGCAGCUGCAGAGCUCUAUCUUGAACCCAUAAUCCCUCCCAACGCCCAGAGACUCAAAAUUUCAUUGCCCAAGAAAGAGAAUAACAUUUCAGUCUCCUUACAGCGAAACGAAGAAAUCUUCGAUACCUUUAAUGGGAUUAAACUGAAAUGGAAGUUUAUUUCAAGAGAAAUACGAGUGAAGUAUAUCCCCAGCGCCGAUCACUAUGGCUCUGUGCCUGUAACCGAGGAAAGGUUCUUUGAGUUGAGCUUCCACAAGAAGCACAAGAGCGUGGUUCUUGACUCUUACAUAAAGCAUGUGAUCGAGAAAUCGAAAGAAAUGAAAGAAAAGAAGAGGACAUUGAAGCUCUUUACAUUAAGCCAAGAUAGGAUGACAGGGAGGAGAGGAGAAACAUGGCAGUCUGUGAAUCUCGAUCAUCCGGCUACAUUUGAUACGUUGGCGAUGGAGAUGGAGGAGAAGAGGAUGAUCAUGGAGGAUCUUGAAAGGUUUGUGAAGAGGAAAGAGUUCUAUAAGAAAGUGGGUAAAGCUUGGAAACGUGGGUACUUGCUUUUUGGUCCACCAGGGACUGGGAAAUCAAGCUUGAUUGCCGCAAUUGCAAAUUAUCUCAAGUUUGAUAUAUAUGACUUGGAGUUGACUGAUCUUAAGACCAAUUCUGAGCUGAGAAGAUUGUUGAUUUCGACUGGGAAUAAGUCUGUACUCGUGGUGGAGGAUAUUGAUUGCUCCAUUGAGUUGCAAAACAGGAUUGCAGAAGCCAGAGCACUCAGGCCUCAACCGAAUCGUCGAGGUUAUACUGAAGAAAAAAAUCAGGUUCAGGUGACGCUAUCAGGAUUGCUGAACUUUGUGGAUGGAUUAUGGUCCAGCUGUGGGGAUGAAAGAAUCAUAAUUUUCACAACCAAUCACAAAGAAAAGCUUGAUCCUGCCAUGCUGCGACCAGGACGAAUGGAUGUGCACAUCCACAUGUCUUAUUGCAGUCCAUGUGGAUUCAAAACGCUGGCAUCCAAUUACCUGGGGAUUGGAGAUCACCCUCUUUCAGUCGAGAUUGAAGAGUUGAUGGAGACAACGAAGAUUACUCCCGCAGAAGUAGGUGAGCAGCUGAUGAAAAGUGAGGAACCUGAGAAUGCUUUAAGAGGUCUGAUUGGGUUCCUGGAGCGCAAGAAGAUAGAAGAUGAAGAGAAGAAGAAGCGAGAGAAUGAUGAAAGCAAAGCUGCAAGUGAAGAAUCAGGAAUAACAGAAGCAGAAGUUUCACAGAAGCAGAAGAUGGAGAAAGGUGAUAUUUAGAGAAGAGUAUCUUAUGAACUGAAUGAAGGUCUUUUCUUUGAAUGAAAAUUUGUUUGUGGGAAAAUUCUGUCAAUGUGAAUGCUCAAAAGCCUUCUACUCUAAUCCGGCUAGAAUCAUUUGCAUCCAACUCACAAUCUUUGAAAGCAAUUUCUUACUCUGAUAUGAAGUGUUCAUAUGCACUAGCAUUAUGAUAUUUAACUAGACUUUUGCAAUCUGUUCUAAUACAUAAUUAAUUUUGUUUACUAUUAG